GACGACAAGCCGCGGCUCACAGAGGAGGAGAAGAAGCAGAACCACAUAGCAUCAGAACAAAAGCGCCGCCAGGCCAUUCGCGAGGGCUUCGACCGGCUCACCGAGCUCGUGCCUGGCUUGGAAGGACAGGGUCGCUCAGAGGGACUGGUUCUGAAGCGCACCGUGGACUACAUGCGCGAUCAGAUUACGCAGAGACAGCUCUUGAUCGACCGUAUCGAGCAGGCAGGCGGCAACGUUGAUCCCAAGUAUAAAAAGUAA